AUGGCUGCUCCAAAGGUUAUAGUAUUUGGACCAUCUGGAGCGGUUGGGUCGGCCACCGCACGGGCUGCCCACGAACUUGGAGCAAAGGUGGUACUGGCAAUGCGGGACGCAAAAAAGCCUAUUCCAGGCCUCGAUGAGGCAAAGGUGAAAGACGGCAGUUUCGAGAGAGUACAAGCCGAUUUACUCAGCCCCGACACUGUCCGGGAUGCUGUAUCUAGCACUCAAGCAACCAGGGCUUUUAUUUACAUCGCCCACCGCUCAUCCGACAACAUGAAGUCUACCAUUCAGGCACUCAAGUCUGCCGGUAUCGACCUGGUGGUAUUGCUCAGCAGCUUCACCAUCCAAGGUGAACCAGAGGACGUGAAGUCUACUGAGGUUAUACCCUACCUACACGCUCAAGUCGAGAUCAGUUUGAAAGAAGUCUUUGGCCCAGGCGGAUACGUCGCGGCUAGACCAGGUUCAUUUGCCAGCAACACAACUCAGUACAAGGCAGGAUUCGAGAGUGGUUUGGUCAAGAUUUUCACACCAGAUGCUACAGUUGAUGCCAUUGCGCAAGAGGAUAUUGGGAGAGCCUGUGGAACGGUUCUUGUGAAAGGACCGCUGGACGAAAACACGGCCAUGUAUCUGUACGGGCCACAAUUGAUUUCCCAGGCAGACUGCGUCAAGACACUCGCAAAAGUUUUGGGCAAGAGUCCUACCAUUGAAACGAUGGAAAGAGAGGAAGCAUACAAGAACUUUACAGAACAGCGUCAUUGGCCUGCUCCUCUCGCAGAAUACAUGAUCAAGCAAUUGGGGUUUAUAGACCCUGCACGCAGUCUGGUUUUUGGCUAUCCAGUCGGCGCUGAGCAGCUGUCGAGUGUCGAGAAAUACACUGGCAAGAAAGCAAUUACGUUUGAGGAAUGGGCAGACCAGAACAAGCAGAUGUUUAUCUCUUGA